CGGCCCGGGAUGAGCUGAGGGCUGGAGGGGUCAGCCCGGGGGGCUGAGCAGCGAUUAGGAGGUGGCUGACACCUCGCCCGGGUUACUGAUCGCCGGGGAGCGGGGGCAGCGCUAAUUGUCGCAUCGCGCCCGUUUCUUUCGUGAGCGGGUUCCUGCUGCCUUCGGGAAGCCUCAGCUGCUCUGGGGGAAAAGUUUGAAGACUCUUAUGUCCAAAGGAAUCUUACAGGUACAUCCUCCAAUCUGUGAUUGCCCUGGGUGUCGAAUUUCGUCUCCAGUGAACCGGGGCCGCCUGGCAGAGAAGAGAACAAUCCCCCUGCCCCCCAGCAGGGUCCCCAAGAAGGAGCUGAGCUCCAUCUUCUCGCACAGCGAGGACAGCCAGGAGAGCGACAAGAGCAAUGGGCAGCACCCCGAAGUGAAGCAGGAGGAGGAUCUGCACAUCAGUAUCAUGAAAAGAAGGAUUCACACCCACUGGGAUUUGAACAUCUCCUUCCGAGAGACCUCCUGCAGCCGUGACAGUGAGCUGUCCACCAUCAUCUCCAGCCUGCAGCAGAGCCGGCAGCUCGUGAUGCCAGAGAGCCAGAGCCGCUGUGAGUUCAAGAGGAGCAGCCUGGACGUGGGGCUGGCAGCAGCAGAUGAAAUUUUAGGCAAAAGAAGAGUAUGUUCACCCAACAGCAGCAGUGAGUGUCCUUUAGAGAGCAAGAAAGCCCGAAGUGAGUCCCCAAAGGAGACGUCGCAGACGGCGGCGCUGGAGGAGGCGGCGGCGCAGAUGACCCCCGAGGAGCACUACAGGCGCAUGGUGGCCGCCCUGGGCGAGCACGGCUCCUUCGAGGAGCAGCAGCAGCAGCGCCUCUACCAGCUGGCCAACAGCAUGGCAGUGCCCAGCCACGGAGAUCUGCUCCGGGCCAGGGCCCUUUGGAGCCUCCAGCUUUUCAACAAGGCUUUAUUUUCUGAUUGCUGCAGGGAGAUCUCCCACCCACCUCCUCUGCUGUCGCCCCAGAACGCUCCCCACAUCGCCCUGGGACCCCACCUGAGACCUCCCUUCCUCGGGGUGCCUUCGGCGCUGUGCCAGACGCCAGGUUACGGGUUCCUGCAGCCAGCGCAGGCAGAGAUGUUCGCACGGCAGCAGGAGAUGCUACGGAAGCAGAACCUGGCCAGGCUGGAGAUGUCGGCCGAGCUGCUGCGCCAGAAGGAGCUGGAGACGCUGCACCGGCAGCGGCUGCUGGCGGCGGAGCCGCUGAGCCUGCACCCCGCGCUGCCCCCCGAGCACCCCGCGCUGCGCAGCGCCCACGAGGCGCCCGAGGGCCCCGCGCUGCGCGACGAGCUGUCCCGCCGCAGCGCCAUGCUGGUGCUGCGCCACGGGGGGGGGGGGGGGGGGGGGGGGGGGGGGGGGGGGGGGGGGGGGGGGGGGGGGGGGGGGGGGGGGGGGGGGGGGGGGGGGGGGGGGGCGGAGCCGCAGGGAGAGGCGCGGGAGCCGCGCAGGGACGGCGCGCAGGACUGCAACGACGAGGAGAUGAAGGACUCGGAGAGCGACGGCGAGGACAAGGCCGAGGGGAGCAAGGGCGAGGCGCAGGCGGAGCCCAAGGAGGGCAAGGACGGCGCGGGCAAGGCCUGCGAGGGGGGCAAGGAGCCGGGCGAGGCCGCGGCCCCCGGCGCCGGCCCCUGCAGCUCCUCCAGCGCAGAGUCCCCCAGCCACCUGCUGGGGCCCGGCAUCAGCAAGGCCGAGGUGAAAUACCUGCCCCCGGCCUCGCUGCCCGCCCCGCAGCCCCUGCCGCUCGGAUUCCCCUACACCGUGAGCCCCUACUUCCACACAGGCACCAUGGGAGGUCUGUUCCUGGACGGGGAGGAGAGCCCAGCGCUGGAGGACAUCAGCAAAUGGACAGUGGAGGAUGUUUGCAGCUUCGUGUCCAACUUGUCUGGCUGCACUGAGUACACUCAGGUAUUCCGAGAGCAGGCCAUCGACGGGGAGACCCUGCCCCUCCUGACAGAGGAGCACUUACUGAACAACAUGGGGCUCAAGCUGGGACCUGCCCUGAAGAUCAGGUCACAGGUAGGAGAACCUCCUCCCUCAGAACCAUUGUGA